CUCACCUCAUCCGCACCACAUCCCACAUCACCACUAUGAGAGUCACACAGAUAUUGCGAGGCGGCGGGGCCAAGGUUCCCUACCCGAAGCACGUCUGGUCGCCCGCCGGUGGUUGGUACUCGCAACCCUCGAACUGGAAGACCAACACAGCCAUCAUGGGUGGCGUAAUUGUGGGGAUUGUCGCCAUGACAUGGAAUUUGAGCGCGAACCGGGAGUUCAGGAAUGAGAUGCCACAGCCCGACCGAUUCUUCCCAUCGCGAUUUUGGACAAAGCAAAUCAGAGAGUAUGAAGCCGAGCAAAGAGAAAAGGGCACACCGGGCUACGAGAAGCGGUAGUGGGUAUGGGGGCGGAAGAAGGAGGAACGAGCUGCGGGGAGGUGCAGCAACGUGUCACAGUACGAGCAGGAAGAGACACUGUAUAUAUGCCUCAACAAGGCAUCGAGAAAUGAAGCUCAUAUGUUCAAUCAUGGCCCCUUUCAGUCGGAACACGGAAAUUCGAAGGCCACAGCUGGAGGCUCACAUGGAUUCAGGAUAUCGCAAGUGCAUGCGAAGACCUUACGACUUGAGAGGCUGGCACGAAAGAGCGGCGUCAGCAG